AUGAUGGAAUUAAAUAGAACGCGCAAAGGGCCGCUGCCUGGAGGUCGCCAGGGCGCGUCUGGAGCUGGCGCUGGACGCGACAGCAUGCGAACCGCCAGCCGAGCGCGAGGUGCUGCACGACCACCCAGCAGCCCCUCGCAUCCAUCAUCCCCACAAGCUGGCUUGGUGUCGGCAGGGUCUUCGCGGGCCCAGCAAUCGGCACCCGCCUCUGGUGGAGUACGCCGCAUGCGUUGGACAACCCAGAUGAACAGCAACGCAUUGCGGGCGUAUUUUAGGGCGAAAGGGGGAGAAACUGGAGGUUUUGCGUAUCGGGCAAGGAUGCAUCGACUUUUUGCUGAGCUGGAGCCAUCUGUAACCGUCACCGAGCAAAACCUGGCAGACCGAGUUCGGUAUAUCUUGCGCUCAAAUACAUUUGAUGUUACCGAACUCGAACGGCUACGACGUGAGGCUGUUCCUUCAUUGGGUGAAAAUGCUGCGGCUGAGGAUGCGGCGCCACAACUUGCUGAGCAAACGGCAAAUGUAGAUGCCGCCGUGAACACGCCAGUUGUGGUUGAUUCAGACGAUGAUGGAACAGUCGCCCAGGAACUGGAACUAGAGCAAAUGAGGAGUACAUUGGAAGAGGCGAUUGUGGAAACGCGCAGUACGCCUCUCGAAAAUCGACCGCGACUUCCCCGCUUAGCCCUAAGCAAGCGGAAUCGGGCUGUCGUGAGGGCUCUGAACCCAAUGCUGGUUACCUAUUUGGAAGCCAGCCAGGACCUUUGCGAGACGGACUCAAUUCUUUUUGGCGCCGCACUGGCAGUCUGCCGUAUUAUAGGCGCCAAACUUUCCACGGCUGGACGCGCUACUGGACAAAGUAGUGCUAUCCCAGCCUGGAGAAUAAGAAUUGAAGAACGUAUCGCAAAGGCUAGGGCCCUCAUCGGCAGACUGAUAUGCUUCAGGUCAGGCAAUACCAGGCCAAGGAUUGUGCGCACCGUCAGGAUGGCGUUUGCUGGGACAAAUGUUAGUUUGUCCCAGCCGGAUAUAAUGCAAAAACUGACGGAGCGCAUAGACGACCUGAAGCAAAGAAUCGCUGCUUAG